AUGAGCAAGGUCACCGUCGGCGUCCUCGCCUUGCAAGGCGCCUUCUACGAACACAUCCAGCUCCUCAAACAGGCAUCGCAGCUCCUGACCCAGCCCCAGGACAUCCCCCCUUCGCAAUGGGAGUUUAUCGAGGUCCGCACCCCGGCGGAGCUCGACCGCUGUGAUGCGCUGAUCCUGCCUGGAGGCGAGAGUACCACCAUCUCCUUGGUUGCAGCCCGCUCCAAUCUGCUCGAACCUCUGAGAGACUUUGUAAAGCUUCAUCGCAAACCAACUUGGGGCACCUGCGCUGGGCUGAUUCUCCUCGCCGAAUCCGCAAAUCGCACAAAGCAAGGAGGCCAGGAGCUCAUCGGUGGGCUCGAUGUCCGGGUGAAUCGGAACCACUUCGGCCGCCAGACGGAAAGUUUCCAGGCGCCGUUGAAGCUGCCUUUCCUUGCGGGCUCAGAACCGUCCGAGCCUUUCAAUGGAGUGUUUAUCCGGGCGCCGGUGGUCGAGAAGAUUCUGCCGAGUCGAGAAGGGAUCCAGGUCGAGGAGAACCAGCGUGAGGAGACCGUGGUAGCGCCGUCGCGGCAGGCCUUGGACCAGGUCGCACGGGAAGCGAUGGAAAACCAUGUGGAAGUGCUUGCCAAGUUGCCCGGCAGAGCUGCCAGGUUGGCAGAAACCACUGGGGUCGACAUCGAUGCCGAGAAGGACUCGGGAGAUAUUGUUGCUGUCAAACAGGGCAAUGUCUUCGGAACCAGCUUCCACCCGGAAUUGACCGACGAUCCGAGAAUCCACUUGUGGUGGCUGCGCCAGGUACAGGACGCAGUGAAAAAGAGACGAGAUGCUAACAGCUUGCCAUUAAGGUGA